AUGGAGGCGAAGCCGCUGGAGCUGGAGCUGGAGCCGGAGCUGAAGCUUAAGCCGGAGCUGGAGCUAGAGCUUGUGGUCGUUGUUGCGGUUGUCGUUGUCGUGGUUGGCGAAGGAGGUGCGUUAGAUAUCAAGCUCAGCGUGGAGGUGGCGGUGCUACUGCUGGUACUGCUGCUGCUGCUGCUACUGCUCGAGACUGAAGAGCUUGGGGCUGUGCUGGAGCCUGAAGUUAUCGAUGUCGUAGAAGAGCUUACUGCCGAAGAUCCUGGCGCGCUUGCACUCGAUGUAGUGGAUGAGGUAGAACCAGCAGAAGAGCUCAAACUUGAAGAAGUCGAGGAGGUCACAGUACCAGUACUUGAACUUGAGGUAGAUGAGCUUGCCACUGGAUCGCACAGUCCGAAACCUAUCUGACAUCCAGCACCACAGUAGCCAGGUCCAGAACCACAGUAUCCGUACUGGCUGCAACAAUUCCCAGCAGGAGCUCCGUAACAAUUGAAGCCAGUGGAUCCGCCGCAAACACCGCUUGGGCUCACGUUGGCUGUUGUGGAUGACGGAAUCAACAGAGUGGCAGUGCUUGCCGUUGCGGCGGAGGACGUGGUGGUUGAGCGCGAGGUCGAGCUGCUAGAGCUGCUGGAACUCGAAGAAGUGCUUGACGCCGCUGGACGAGGCAUGUAG